AUGCAACUCUUGCGUACCCUUUUACUACUUCUUGCACCUUAUCUAAUAGCUUUUGCGAUAGCGGACGAUGCUACAGCAGAUGCAAUCGUUCAACAAAUACAAGAUGGUCCCAUGGCCAAAUCGAAUCACACGAAUAACUGGGCUGUCUUGGUAUCUACUUCGAGGUUCUGGUUUAACUAUCGUCAUAUGGCCAACUCGUUAAGUUUUUACCGUACAGUGAAAAGAUUAGGUAUUCCCGAUUCCCAGAUUAUAUUGAUGCAAGCCGACGAUAUAGCGUGUAAUGCACGAAAUGCCUUUCCUGGGACUGUGUUUAAUAACAUGGACCAGGCCUUGGAUCUCUAUGGUGACAAUGUCGAAGUUGAUUAUAGGGGUUAUGAAGUUACGGUGGAGAAUUUUAUACGAUUAUUAACUGAUCGGUGGGGGUCUGAACAACCAAGAUCCAAGAGACUUUUGACCGACGAGAAUUCCAAUAUAUUUAUCUAUUUGACAGGCCAUGGAGGUAACGAGUUUUUGAAGUUUCAAGACGCUGAGGAGAUAGGGGCUUAUGAUCUUGCAGAUGCAUUUGCUCAAAUGCACGAGAAGAAAAGAUACAAUGAAAUAUUCUUUAUGAUAGAUACAUGUCAAGCAAACACAAUGUACGAAAAAAUAUACUCACCAAACAUUUUGUGUGUUGGGUCAUCAAGGUUGGAUGAAAGUUCAUACAGUCAUCAUUCCGAUAUGGAUAUUGGUGUUGCAGUUAUUGAUCGGUUUACUUAUUAUGCUUUAGAUUUUCUUGAAAAAGUAGGAAGAAAUUCAAAAAUGACCAUGGAUAAAUUGUUUGAAGUAUUUACAUUUGAAAAUGUGCAUUCACACCCGGGAAUUAGGACGGAUCUAUUCCAAAGGGAUAUCGAUAAAGUGCUUAUAACAGAUUUUUUUGGCAGCGUGCAAAAUGUUGUUUUGGAAGAAGCACCCGAGGAUCUAUUAAACAAAUCUCGGAAAAUUGACAACGGAGAGGUGGCUGCAGUACCCGAGUUUCCAUUAGAUGCGACUCAAAAUAAGAGAGGACCUGCUAUAUACGGGUUUGAGCGUAAUGAGACUAAAAAGCCUAUGGUUAAAAUCCCACCAUUUGUGGCCAGGACAAUUGGAGUAGCUGCGACCUUAGUGGUGCUUGCUCUAUGGAUGAUUACACCAAAAAUCUAA